CCACGUGGAAGUUAUCGUAUACAGUAUUUUGAAGUGGAAAUAUUGAUUCUAACAUUUGUAAUUUUUUUUUAUCGAAUUGUAUACUUUGAUUAAACCAGAGUUUAAACUGUAAUUUAUACCGUCGUAAGUUAACUGAAGGUUUUAUUUUUGGUCAAUUUUAUAGUGAUAAAUAAUGCCAAAGAAAUCUAAAUCAAAGUGGAGAAAGUGUGAAAAUUGCAAAUCAGUAUUAUGCAUGAAAGAUGUACAGCUUCAUAAAGAGCAAUGUGAUGAGUUAAAAAAUGAAAGCAAUAAGUGCCUAAUUUUGAAUCAUUGUUUGAUUGAUAAUGAAAAUCUAUAUGCUACUGUAAUUAAAGAUGAUUUCCAGAAAGGUGAUAAAGACCUAAAACUUUUUUCUAAAAACAGUGCCUUUCUUCAUCCUUCAACUAUGAAGAUGUGCAAUAUAUGUUUUGGAGACAGGAUCACUUUGACUUCAUCAUCAGGUUAUCAGAUUCUUUGUACUGUCCUGCCAAAAUCAUCUCUUUCAUUGACAACAAUUUCAGUAAUGAAAAAUGACUUUUCUAAGGAUUAUAACAAAAAAAUAAUUUGUGUGAGAAAAUAUUUAAAGUAUCCAUUGAAAGCAGACUCUCUAACAAUAUUGUGUGAAAGUUCAAGCAGAAAAGAUCUUUUUUUUAAUGAUUUUAAAACUUUCUUUAUUCGAAACUACUAUGAUACGUAUGUGACAUUUGGAACAAAAUUAUCUUUUCCAUAUUUUGGAAAUAUUUACCAGUUAAAGAUUGUAGAUGUUAUUGGUGAAAAUUGUGAUAAGAAUCAGAUAAGAAAUUCUCCUGAUUUUCUUUCUGUUAAAAUGGAUGCACUAAAAUUAGAAGAAUCAGUUGAUGGACUUGAUGUAAGUAAUAAAUCAGAAAUUUCUAAAAGUGAAGAAUGUCAUGACAGGACAGAAACAGAUUUUAAUUCAGAAGUUUCUGGAAGCAAAACAUCAUUAUUAUGUUCUACACCUUUGAACACAAAUAAAAGUUUAUCAAGUUUAUUUACUGUUAAAGAUUCACCUGUAUUGAGGGAUAAUUAUUUAAAGAAAGCUGAAAAUGAAAUUCAGUUUUAUCUGAUAACAAUGAGGACAAAUAUCAAAUUUGUAAAUGAGACACAAAAACAUGAUACUUCAUAUAUAAAAAUAACAUUUGAUAAAAUUGGUGGUUUAGAACGUCAGAUUAGUCUGCUGAAAGAACUGAUAUAUCCAAUAAUAUGUCCAAGAUAUUUCAGAUUAAAAGGUGUGCAGUUUCCAAAAGGAAUUUUACUUUAUGGUCCAUCUGGUACAGGCAAAACAAUGAUAGGAAAUGCAAUUCCUAAUGAAUAUCAAGUUAAUUUUAUUUUAAUUAAUGGUGAUGAGAUAUCUAACAGUGAAGCCAAGCUGAGAGAGAUCUUUUCUGAAGCUAAAAUAAGAGCACCAAGUAUUAUAUUUAUUGAUGAAUUUGAUGUUCUUUGCCCAAAAUAUCAAGAUUCUUAUCAACAAGUCGAAAGGAGAGUACUUGCAACAUUGUUGACAUUAAUGGAUAGUUUAUAUGUGAGUAAGGAUAGUUUGGAUAGUAAUGGAUAGUUUAUAUGUGAAUCUUUUAAAAAGAUAAAAAAAUAUAAUUAUAUACUUUAUAAGUUCAAAUGAAAAAUAAAUAUAUUUUUGAUAGUUGGUUAUUAGUUAUGAACUUAUGAAAAGCAUUUAUUUGAUUUCUAGAUAAGAUUUAGACAGUAUUGGAGAAAAUUUCAGAAUGUUAUAUUACUUUCCUGGCUGUUAUAGAAUAUAACAUAGAAAAAGUAUGGUGAUCAGUCAAAAUUUUUCUCACCUUUGCAUUUCUCAACAUUUUGACACUCCAGGAGUCCAAAAAUAUAAAAUAACCCAAAAGCCUCCUACAAAAUGUGUUGAAAUGUAUUUUACAUUAUGUCUAAGAACUGGAUGAACCAUAAAUAUUGGAACUUGGUAGGAUUAUUUUUGUACAUGAGACAUCAAUUUUGGAAAUUAUAAGUUGAGAUGGAGUGGGUCAUGUGACAUUAUCUCGUAAGGUCCGACUUAAUGAAAAUUUUACUGAUUAUUGAUAUUUAAAAUUUUUAAAAAAAUUCACAUCUAUCCCAAAAUAAGGCAUUUGACAUU